AUGGGGAAGGCUGGGAACGAGAGGAGAGGCGGCAGCAGCAGCGAGGCGAGCGGAGGGCUGACAGGGGAGCAGGAUAGGGGGAGCAGGGGGGGCGAGGAAGCGGAGGAGGACGGGGAGAAGGAGCAGAGGAGGCGGAGUGGCGGAGGGCGGAGGGGAGCAUCGGUGGUGAACAGGGGGGCGUGGACGGCGGAGGAGGAUGAGCGGCUGGCGGCGCUGGUGGCGGUGCACGGGGCGAAAAACUGGAGCGUCAUCGCUGCUGGUAUCCCUGGCAGGCCGGGGAAGAGCUGCCGACUCAGGUGGUGCAACCAGCUGGACCCGGCGUUGAGGCGAGGCCAGUUCACGGUGGAGGAGGAUGCGCGCAUCAUCACAGCGCACGCCAUCCACGGCAACAAGUGGGCCCUCAUCGCCAAGAACCUUCCCGGACGCACGGACAACGCCAUAAAGAACUAUUGGAACUCCGCCAUGCGCCGCAAGUACCCUCUCCUGCGCGGCCUCUCCACGCCCCCUCAAGGCCCCCCACACUCCGCCCAGGCCCACUCCGCACAGUCCCACUCCGCCUCGCCCUCCCACCCUGCACCAGCGCAGCCCCAGCCCUCCCACGCGCCCGCCCUCCCCUCUGGCAACCAGCAGGGGGGAGAGGAGGGCGCGUACGAGCGGGCAGUGCGGUUUGUGGCGGGCGUGCAGGCGAGGGGCGUGGCGGCGCUGGUGGAGGAGGUGGAAAGAGUCAGGGAGGAGGAGGGCGUGGGGCGCAUCCGCAAGAUCCUGGAAGGUUCGCCCCUGGGUGAUGCGGCGCUGCUGCAGGCGGACGCGGGAAUUAUGGAGAGGGAGGUGGGUGUAAGCGAGGGAGACGAGAGGGAAGAAGGAAUGGCCGAGGAGAGCGAGGAGUGGGGGGAUGGAGAGCAGCAGACGGUGCAGGGAGCAGGGGAAUGGGAGACAGUGCAGGGGGAGGCGAGGGUAGGGGGGUGGAGGGCGAGUGAGGCGAUAGAGGGGGGGAGAGGAGUGAAGCAGGAAGUAGAGGAGGGGGUGGAUGGCAUAGAAGAUUAUAGAGGGAUGGAAGAGGAGGGUGGAUUGUGUGCUCCGGAGCUACACGCCUCAACAGCAUGUGCUCUCCCUCCGCCCCUGGCACAGUGUGACGUCGUGCCUUUUGCCAGCCAGACUGCCGCCAACAUCAGCCAUGCGACCCAUGCGACGAGGGCGAGUGGUGGCAGUGACAGCACGCACGCUGGGGGCGUGCCUGUGGAGGCUCAUGAUGCGGAUGACUUAGUUCCACACAGUGCGGGUGGGAGCAGCAGCAGGAAAAGGCGGUAUGAGGCCUGCUGUGCGGAUCAUGUGGGCGCUCGUGCUGCCCACGGUGCUGCUGCUACUGGCGGUGGUGGUGGUGCUGCUGCCACGAGUCAGCACAGCGCCCUCACCUGCCACUUUGACCGCCGCCCUCGCUUCCGAGUGUCACCCACUGCCCUCCCUGUCACCUCGUCUGUGCCUGCACCCACUGCUGCUUCGCCUCCACUGCUGCCGCCUCCCACCCUUCCCACCACCACCCCUACUGUUACCACCUCCUCCCUCCCUCUCUCACACACCUCUCAAGGCGCCACCCAGCAGACACACACACCGUCACCAUCACCACCCUCCCCACCACUCACUCCCUCUUGCCCUCCCUCCCUCACUCACCCCCACCACCACCAUUCCCUCGCCCCUCCACAUCUCUCCUCGCGCUUUUCAUUCGCCACUCUCCCCUCCGGCCUCUCCCACUCCUCUCUCCUCCCUGCCACCCACACUCCCUCCCUUCUCCAGCCCUCCCAACCAUCCAAUCCUCCCACACCCCUUACUGCCCAGCCACUCCCGCUUGACCGAGCCUCAGGUCCUGGUUCGGGUGAAAGCGGCCUGGUAGGUGCAGGACAGGCGGCAGCAAAACAUGGUGGCGGUGGCAUGAGGGGCGGUGGAGGAGGGGACGGGAGCAUGAGGGGGGUGGGUUUGGGGGCAUUUCAGCUGGGGAAGGUGUUUACUGCAGUGCAGGUGACAGGGGGCGAUGAGAGCUUGUGCACGCACAGGGGGUGUGAGGCCGAUGAACAGUGUAAGGCAGCCGCGAGACAAGGGGAGAGGCAGGGACAAGAAUGGGAAAAGGAAGGAGGCUGUGCAGGAGAGAGAAUUGAGAUUUCGGAGGUUACGGAGGAGGAAAGCAGAGGGCAGCAGGGGAUGGAAGUCUGUGGGUCAGAGAAAGAGAAGACCCUGUGCCCACACGGAAUAGAUAAAACCAACUCACAGCCCUUGCAGCACAGUCUGCACCCAGACACAUGCCUUGUUGGUGCAGUCCCACAGCCAAUGCAAGACUGCCACGUGGCAGGGCAGGGGCAGUGUGGGGCACGCGUGCGGCGGCACGUGCAUCGAGUAUUGGCGUCGGCAUGUGGGGUGGCCCGGCUGCUGCUGGAGGAGCUGCAAUGGCGGCACGGAAUGGUGGAGGGGCGAGCCGACGAGGAGGACGUGGAGGAGCGGUGGGGGAACGUAAGAGGAGAAGGUGGUGAGGGGCCACAGGUGGUAGAUCCGGUGGGGGAUGUGCGUUGUUGCAGUGAUGAGCGGUGCUGCUCGGUGAGCAGUGGUGCUGAGGGUGCAGCUGAGGGCAUGGCAUGCCGGCAUGUGCUGGAUGCCAUGUUGGCUGUGUGCUUCAGACUUGCUGCACCAGGGGUGGAGGGAGCGGUAGGGGAGGGGGAAGCGGGGUUGGCAGGGGGAGGGGGGGCCGGGGGAGAGGCGAGUGGGGGCGGGGAGAUAGAGCGCAUAGUGUGGUGCAGCAACCACUACGAGGUGCUUCGCCUGGCGCCCUUCUGUGCGGCUGUGGACGAGAGCGCCCUGAAGAAGGAGUACCGCCGCAUGGCAAUGCUAGUGCAUCCGGACAAGCAUGGGGGGGACGAGAAGAAUGCCAUAGUGGCUUUUCAACGCCUGCAGAGCGCAUACGAGGUACACCAUGUGCUUUCUUCAUACAUGACUCACUGA